AUCAACUUCACUUUGGCUUCUCAGUAGCUCUUGACCCUACUAGGCAAAAUUCAGGCUUUCAGCGUCAGGAUGCCAGCUAGUCUUACAGUAAAAAUCAAUUACUUUUGCAGAAACAAACGACUCCUCUCAACUUCUGCUCUCCCAAUUUUGGCAGUGGGGUUUCUGUGGUGAAAGUAAUCAUUUUUCUGUUGAGUUUUUUUUUGUUUUGUUUUUGUGGGUUCACGUGAAAUCCCAACUUCAAUUUUGUCGAAUUGGGCGGUUUGAUCUCUGGGGUUUCUUCUCUGCAAGCUGAGAAGCAUUGGGAUUGAAGGGUAUUCCGUGCAAGCUCUUGUUUUCUUUUUUCAUUUCUUGAGAGGAGAUGUCUUCUUCGAUGGAGAUUGAUGAAGAUGAGAAUGAAACUAAGGGUGGGAUGUGGGUUUUGGACCAGAAGCUAGACCAACCCAUGGAUGAGGAGGCUGGAAGACUGAGAAACAUGUACAGAGAAAAGAAAUUUUCAACAGUGUUGCUAUUACGGCUUGCAUUUCAGAGCUUGGGAGUAGUGUAUGGAGACCUUGGUACGUCUCCGUUGUACGUGUUCUACAAUACAUUCCCCCAUGGGAUUCGAGACACUGAAGAUGUAAUCGGCGCACUUUCGCUGAUUAUAUACUCACUCACUCUUGUAGCGCUGCUCAAGUAUGUGUUCAUAGUAUGUAGGGCAAAUGACAAUGGCCAAGGUGGAACCUUUGCUCUCUAUUCGCUACUCUGUAGACAUGCGAAGAUUAAAACAAUUCCAAACCAACAUAGGACGGACGAGGACCUAACAACCUAUAGUCGUCGCACGUUUCCGGAGCAUUCAUUUGCUGCAAAAACAAAGAGAUGGCUAGAGGCAUACACGGUGACAAAGAAUGCACUUCUCAUUCUUGUCCUUAUUGGCACUUGUAUGGUAAUUGGGGAUGGAAUUCUUACUCCUGCCAUCUCAGUUCUUUCAGCUUCUGGUGGAAUCAAGGUUAACCGUCCGAAGAUGAGCAGUGAUGCAGUCGUGCUUGUUUCUGUCUUUAUAUUAGUUGGCUUGUUUAGCUUGCAACAUUACGGGACAGACAAGGUGGGUUGGUUGUUUGCUCCAGUUGUACUGCUCUGGUUUCUAACGAUAGGAGGAAUAGGCAUUUUCAAUGUCUGGAAAUAUGAUAUCUCAGUGCUCAAGGCCUUUUCCCCUCUGUAUAUAUAUCGUUAUUUGAGGACGGGGCGUAAAGAUGGUUGGAUAUCACUUGGAGGGGUCAUGCUCAGUAUUACAGGGACGGAGGCACUUUUUGCUGACCUUGCUCAUUUUCCCGUAUCUGCCAUUCAACUUGCUUUCACAGUUAUUGUAUUCCCUUGCCUUCUUUUGGCCUACAGCGGACAAGCAGCGUACCUCAUGCAACAUAAACAUCAUGUUGCUGAUGCAUUCUAUCGUUCUAUCCCAGGUUCAUCAUAUGAUUAUAUUAUUGUUUCUUUUGAUUUUUAAUUUUUGUUUUUGGAUAAACUUAAGUUUCAGGGUUUAUAGAUCACUUACAUCUGCUUGCAGCAGCCAAAGACUGGUUAAGUUGUAUCAAGUGUGUUCUUUAGCGUGGUUUCUCUUUUAUUAACUAAAAUAAAUUCAUAAAC